AUGUCGACCAUUCGCUCACAGUCCCCCGUUCAGACGCGGAUCCGGUCCCUGGCAGACAAGCUCAAUGGCAUGCAGUCGGGACUUCAUGACGCGAACAGACGUGAGCACUUAGAAACAAAGGCGUUGGAGUUAUCUGAGCGUGUUGUGCGUUCGGAGCAAAAGGAGCAGCAACAAUUCUUACUAAUCAAGGAGAAGCUCAAAGACUUUCAGGGAGCACUUAAAAUAGAGCAGGAAGCCCGGUUGGCUGUCGAAGAUCAGCUUGGAAAGCAAAUUGCUGCCCUAGAGCAAAAGCUCAAGAUGGAAAUAGGCGUAAACGUCAGAUCACGUCUCGAUGAGGAACAGGCCUUUAACACCAGACUUACAGAGCACAUGAAAACCACAUAUGCCGCCGUAGAGCAGCAGAACGAGAUCCGUGAACAACAGAACGCUGCACAGGUCUCUCAGCUAGCAACCAGCCUGCAGACAGUAGCUGCAAAGAUAGACGAGUGUCGUGCUUCGCGCGAGCGAGAAAUUGCCAAGCUUCAGCAGACAUUCACCUCAGAGCUCCAGGCGCUGACUGAGCAGAUUGCCGCCGAGGAGAAACAGCGGCAGGAGAUGGAAGCAGGACUCUAUAGUGCUCUGGAAGAGGCUUGCAAGAAGCUCCAGGACAAGAUCGUGCGAGAACGAGAGGCUAGGGAAAAGACACAUGAGAGCAUUCUCAACUUGCUCGACGACGUAUGCGGAAAGGUCGAGCAAUAUGUGUAA